CUUCAUCUAUGAAAAUUAAAAUAAAUUUAUAUUGAAUGAAUAUCCAAAAUAUGCAGUAAUACAAGACUCGAGCGAUUUUCUGAGGAUUUUUUUUUAUUACCAUUUAAACGAUUGUGAAUAAUAAUUGACAGUGAAUGUACCUAAAUUAGAAAAUAGAAAUACUAAUGGAACAUUAGGAAAAAUCUCUCUUGCACUUUGCACCUUCGUGGCGAUUACCGAAAAAUAGUAGUUCUCUUGGAAGUGUUGCUUUGUUAUCAAGGAGUAAUUACAUAAAAUUUCCAGCCCAUCUCAUUAAGAAACUAACACAGUGUAGUUAACUAUCUCACUCUUGUGGCACACUGUCGAGAAGGAAGGAAAUUAAGCAGCCAUUCGAGAUUACGCUCCAGUCUGUUUACUUCGCUCGAACUGUGUAUUUCUGCAUGUAAAGCAGAGGUCUACAUGCAAUCCGCGAGAGAAGCGACAUUCGGAAAAUUGCCCGAAGCAUUCACCAAUUGAAAACACCAACUUAAAACCAGCUCUACGGGAAAAUUAUCAAAUUGCCAAAAUCAUGUUCAAAAUUGGUUUCCUCGGCGGCGGUAAAAUGGCGCAGGCCCUCGCCAAAGGUUUCAUCAAAGCGGGUUUGAGCAAAGGUGAGAUGAUGCUGGCGAGUUGUCUUCCGAACGACAUGGGAAGCAUCGAAGCCUUCAAAGAAAUAGGCUCGCAAACGGUAUUCACGAAUAAGCCCGUAGUCGAAUAUGGCGAUAUUCUGAUCUUGUCCGUGAAGCCGCAAGUGGUACCGGAAGUUCUACCUGAAAUAAAAGACAGUAAAAAAUUAUUACUCUCCAUUGCCAUGGGUAUUCCACUCCGUACUCUAGAACAGGCUUUGCCAGAGGGAACUCCAGUAAUCAGGGUAAUGCCCAACACUCCAGCUUUGGUGGGUUGCGGUGCCAGUGUUUACGCUCGUGGCAAAAAUGCUGGCAAAGAAGACGCGAAAAUUGCAGAGAAAUUAUUCUCUGCGGUUGGUUUAUGUGAAGAAGUUACAGAAAAUAUGAUAGACCCUGUGACCGCAUUGGCCGGGUCCGGUCCUGCUUAUGUUUACAUGAUGAUUGAGGCACUAGCUGACGGAGCGGUGAAGAUGGGUCUGAUGAGGCCAAUAGCUUACAAAUUAGCGGCCCAAACCGUUCUUGGAGCAGGGACGAUGGUUCGCGAGACGAAUACUCAUCCUGGACAGUUAAAGGACGACGUGGCGUCUCCUGCAGGCUCGACUAUAACAGCGAUUCACUAUUUAGAGAGUCAUGGGUUGAGGUCUGCGGUCAUAGGUGCUGUUGAGGCAGCGACGUUGAGAUGUCGGGAAUUCAGUUCUCGCGAAGAUCAGAAUUAAAACCGUCCAAAUAUUUUCGUAGCUGAAACGGAAGUACCAUCAUAUUUUAAUUUCGAAACUCGAAGCAUGCAUCGUGAUAAAUAGGAUCGCUAUUAAACGGCGUACUUUCAAAAAUAUUGCUAUGAAGGAUCUUAUUUUUAUAAAUCACGUAGUCGGUGUAAGAUCGUGUACCAUAGUCCUUGUAGAUACAGAUGUAGGGAAUUACUUGAACGACUGAUCCCGCUACCUGCAUUUAGUGAUACUAUAAGUAAUAGCAAUUAAAAAUCGGUCGUUAACUUAGGUUUGUACAUUAGGAAAUAAAAGUCAUUUUUAUAUACCACGAA